AGCGGGGGGCGGGGCGCGAGGGCUGGCGGGCUGUGCUUGCGCUGGGUGCGUGAGUAGACGGUGACGGUCGGCGUCCCGGCGGCCCCAGGGAGCGACCCCGGAAGCAGAGCGGCGACUCGCGUGGGGCCCUCUUUGGCCCGGCAGGUGUCUCCUGCCCGAAACCUCCUUGCAGGCUCAGUGCCCCUGUUAGUACAGUACACCUCUCCGGCCGCGCUGAAGAACCCGGCAAGAACCUGAUCCCGGAAGUUUCUCUUAAUACCAUGCCUGCAAGUACGACAACUGCAAGGCUUUGAACACUGAAUAGAUGCAAGGAAUGAAGAAUACAUGAAAAGGGAAAUGAGUGGGUGUCUGCUGUUGGAUAGAAAAGUGACAUGUAAAAUAAGUGGCUGGAUCAGAGACUAAGCAACCUUCACAUUUGUAAGGGAGCUGUUCCUUGUGACCGAAAGGAGUGAAAUAAUACUGUACACAUCUUGUUCAGUCAACAAACACCCAUUAAGUGCCUUGUCCUGGACAAGACAGGCCAUAUUCUGGCCCUUAAGAUCAUAGAAUGCAGAGCUCUUUAAAUCAUGGAAAAACAAAGUGGGCAAAUGAAUGCUCCUCAUCCAGGAACAAAUUUACCGCCUGGACAUCUCCCUGAAUAUCCUUCAGCAGCAUUCCAAGGACCUCCAGAACAUACUGGCUACCCUGGCCCCCAGGUUGGCUACCCUGGCCCCCAGGUUGGCUACCCUGGCCCUCAGGCUGGCUACCCUGGCCCUCAGGCUGGCUAUCCUGGCCCUCAGGCUGGCUACUCAAUUCCACCAGCUGGUUAUUCAGGUGCUGGCCCAGUAGGCUUUCCUGUCCAACACCAGCCAGUGUAUAAUCAGCCAGGUGGACCUGCAGGGGUACCAUGCAUGCCAGAACCACCACCUCCAUUAGACUGUCCACCUGGAUUGGAAUAUUUAAGUCAGAUAGAUCAGAUACUGAUUCAUCAGCAAAUUGAGCUUCUGGAAGUCUUAACAGGUUUUGAAAGUAAUAACAGAUAUGAAAUUAAAAACAGCUUUGGACAAAGGAUUUACUUUGCAGCAGAGGAUACGGAUUUCUGUACCCGAAAUUGCUGUGGGGCUUCUAGGCCUUUUACCAUGAGGAUUCUUGAUAAUAUGGGCCGAGAAGUUAUAACUCUGGAGAGACCACUAAGGUGUGGCAGCUGUUGUUGCCCCUGCUGCCUUCAGGAGAUAGCAAUCUAUGCUCCUCCUGGUGUACCUAUAGGUUAUGUUACGCAGAUCUGGCAUCCGUGCCUGCCAAGGUUUACAAUUCAAAAUGAGAGGAGAGAGGAUGUACUAAAAAUUAUUGCUCCAUGUCUUCUAUGCAGCUGUUGUGCAGAUGUUGAUUUUGAGAUUAGAUCUCUUGAUGAAGAAAAUGUGGUUGGAAAGAUUUCCAAGCAGUGGACUGGUUUCAUGAGAGAAGCAUUUACAGAUGCUGAUAACUUUGGCAUCCAGUUCCCUUUAGACCUUGAUGUGAAAAUGAAAGCUGUGAUGCUCGGUGCAUGUUUUCUCGUUGACUUCAUGUUUUUUGAAAGCAGUGGAAACUGAGAAUAAAAGGAGCGUGAUGGUGGAUUAAUGAAAGUCUCCUCAGAAAGUUUGAAGUCUGUGUAUUGAUUGGGACUAUGUAAAAGAAAAGCUCACUGUUUUUUUUUUCUUUACUGAAAUGACUUAUAGCAUAUGUGAAUUAUACUGUGAUGCCUGAAGCUCCUGUCAUAUAUGACUUUUCAAAUUAUGAGUUUAUUUUCUAUAUCACUUAUAAAUGUUUUUAUGCAUUUUUUAUUUCA